CUCUCAAUCAUCAAAAAGGCUUUAAAUCGUUAUUCUUUACAUGAUUCUUGUGGUGGUGUGUUGUUUGUACAAAUGUUUACAACGCAGCAGAGAGUAACACGUUCUCCAUUACCGAUAACACCAAGGACCGAUGGGCGAAAGACUGACAACACUACCAGACACGUAUCUGGGAAGGGCAAGGCAGUGGCGUUUAUCGAUGGUCCGUCCCCUCCGCCGCCGCCGCCACUGGGGUUGUUGAACGAGAAUCGAGCGAGUGCGGUGGUGGAGAGUGGGGAUUUGGACGAUUGGAGGCGGUUUAAGGAAGCGGGGUUGUUGGAUGAGGCUACUAUGGAGAGGAAAGACCGUGAGGCAUUGGUUGAGAAGACUGCUAGGCUUGAAAAAGAGCUAUUUGAUUACCAGUAUAAUAUGGGGCUUUUACUGAUUGAGAAUAAGGAGUUGACUGCAAACAACGAGGAACUUAGAGAAGCAUUGGCAGAGAUACAAGAAGUUGUUAAACGCGAGGAGGCUGCUCAUUUGAUGGCUGUGUCUGAAGUUGAAAGGCGAGCAGAUAACUUGAAAAAAGCUUUAGAUUUUGAGAAGCGUUGCCGGGCUGAUCUUGAGAAGGCGCUGCAUGAAUGUGAUGAAGAGAAUAAACAAAUUAAACUUAGAUCUCAGACUAAUUUGGCUGAUGCAAACACACUAGUAGCUGGUAUUGCGGAUAAAUCUAGAGAGGUGGAAGAAAAGAUGCAUGAAGCUGAUGCAAGGCUUGCUGAGGUAAACAGAAAGAGUUUGGAGUUAGACAGGAGAGUGCAAGAGCUAGAGACCCGUGAAAGUGUGUUCCGGAUUGAACGCCAAUCCUUUAUUGCAGGGCGAGAAGCAUGGGAAGAUACAUCUUCCAAACAUAAAGAGGAUCUGCAGGAAUGGGAAAGGAAAUUGCAAGAGGGUGAACAGAGGCUAUGUGAAGGUCGUAGAAUUAUUAAUGCGAGGGAGGAAAAGGUCAAUGGAAUUGAGAGAUCUCUUAAAGAGAAGGAGAAGGAACUUGAGGGGGUGCAUAAUAAGAUUGAGUUGAGCAUUUUGGCAUCGAAGAAGACAGAGGAUGAUGCAAAGAGAAGAUUACUGAGCUUAAUUGUGAAGGAGGAACAAGCUGAGUCAAUUAGAAAGAACCUUGAGAUUAAAGAAAAGGAACUGCUUGAUUUGACCGAGAAGCUGACUGCAAAAGAAAGAGUGGAGAUUCAGAAGCUUAUUGAUGCUCAUAAAGAUGCUCUGGAUUCUAAACAGCGGGAUUUUGACUUGGAAAUGGAAGAAAAGAGGAAAUCUAUCGAGGACGAUAUGAGAAGCAAGGUAGAAGCCAUUGAGCAGAAAGAAGCUGAGAUAAAUCAUAAGGAGGAAAAAGUGAAAAAGCAAGAGCAAGCUCUUGAAAAGAAGUCGGAGAGAUUAAAUGAGAAAGAGAGAGAGCUUGACAUGAUGCUGAGGGAACUGAGAGAGAAGGAAAAAUCUAAUAAAGCGGAGACCAAAAAAAUGGAGAUGGACAAGAAACAGGUACUUGCUGAUAAAGAGAGUCUGGAAAUUCUGAAAGUACAUACUGAAAAAGUUAGGGAUGAGAUCACUCAAAAGGAGGUACAAAUUCGUGAAGAGAUUGAAAAACUCAGAAUUACUGAAGAUGAAAGAACAGCAUUUGCUCGUUUGCAGUUAGAGCUGAAAGAAGAGUUAGAAAAAUGCAGACAUCAGAAAGAGUUGAUUAUGAAGGAGGUUGAUGAUUUGAGGAAGGAUAGAAUGAAGUUCGAGGGGGAGUGGGAGGCAUUGGAUGAAAAGAGAUCUGCAAUCACUAAAGAAUUAAGGGAGUUUGGCGAACAGAAAGAGGCUUUGGAAAAACUACGGCAAUCUGAAGAAGAGAAAUUGGAAAUGGAGAAACUUGCUACAAAAGAUUACAUUAGAAGGGAGUUGGAAGCUGUCAAAUUGGAGAGAGAGACGUUUGCUGCUACAAUGAAGCAUGAGCAAUCCCUUCUAACUGAGAGAGCUGAAAACGAGCACAGACAAUUACUUCAUGAUUUUGAACAAAGAAAAAGAGAUCUUGAGGUGGAUCUUCAGAAUAGGCGAAUGGAAAUGGAGAAAAAUAUGCAGGAGAGAGAGAAAGCAUUUGAGGAGGAGCGAGAAAAAGAACUUACUAAUAUUAGUUACUUAAAGGAGGUUGUAAGAAAGGACAUGGAAGAAGUGAAAUCUGAAAGACGUAGAAUAGAUGGAGAGAAAAAGGAGAUUGCUGAGAACAAUCAGCGGUUAGAAGAAAACCAACUUGAGAUGCACAAGGACAUCGAUGAGCUUGGUGUUCUUAGCAAGAAGAUAAAGGAUCAAAGGGAAGAAUUUAUCAAUGAGAGAAAUCGUUUUCUUGCAUUUGUUGAGAGGCUUAAGAAUUGUGGGGAUUGUGGGGAGAUCACCAGGAGUUACCAACUCUCUGAUCUGCAGCUGGUUGAGAUUGGUGAUGAUUCUCCUCUUCCAAAGACGCGAUAUGAUAUUAGUGGAAGGUCCGAGGGCAUUCUUGCUGCUUCCAAUGAAGCUACUGCUCCAAACAAUUUAAGAUCUCCUAGUAAUGGGGGUCUUGUUUCUUGGCUCAAGAAAAGUGUGACGGUGUUUAAGUUGUCCCCUCACCGAACGACGGAGCAUGAAAAUGAUGAAAUCUUAGAACAACCUCUACCUGCGGAAGUGAUCGUAGAUAGAGAAGUCGAACACUCAAGCAUGCCAGCUGAUACUGGGGGCGGUGACAGGGAUCAACAGGAACCCCUUGGGAUUGGAUACGAUUCACGCUAUGCUGAACUUCCUACACAUGAUGUGAAGAGGGAGGUAGAUCAUAGGCUGCCUUUAGCUUCUGAUGAUCAGAGCUACAGGGUAAGCCAGACACCUGAAGCUCCAGAAGCAUCUCAGCAAUCAGAGAUGAGAAGUGGCAGGUCGAAACCUGUGAGAAAACCCAAAGUUGGAGCUGGGAAAAACCGCACUGUCCGGGCGGUGGCUGAAGAGGUCUCGUUCGAGGUGAACACUUCAAAAGAGGUUAAUGAGGAUAGUCCCAGAACUUCUAGCUAUGCUGGAAAAAGAGGUGGUCCCACUGCCAGGAAACGGUCCCAUGCCCAAACCUCUUUAGUCAUUGGAAGUGAGAUGGAUGCUGCUGAUAGUGAAGUUCAGUCUGAAAGUGUAACAACAGGUGGACGCAGGAAGAGGCGGCAAACAGUUGCUCCCGCAGCACAAACUCCUGGAGAAAGACGAUAUAAUCUCAGACGACACAAGACUGGAGACGUUGCCCCUCAACCUCAAGCUUCUGGUGAUAAUAGAAAAAAGAAGGGAGUUUCUGCAACUAGUAGUAAAAAUGAAGUAACACAAAAGCGUGAAACGGCUUCUGCUCUGGGUACAGAAGUUGCUAGCGAGGAUGGCAGCACGGCUAUGGUGCAUGUCACAACUAGCAAAAGAGUUGACACUGAGAUAUUAGAUACAGCUUUUAAAACACCAGGGGAUAUCGUUGGUAGCAGUGGUGCUGUGAAAUUUGUUGAAAACACAGAAAUAAUUGAGGAGGUUAAUGUUACCCAUGAGGGCAGCAAUCUAGAUGAGAGCCAGAACUUAUAUAAUAAUGAAGAUGAUGGUCAGGAUGAUGACGACGACGACGACGAUGAUGAUAAUGAUGGAUCAGAUCAACAUCCUGGUGAAGCGUCCAUUGGCAAGAAAAUAUGGACUUUCUUGUCAACGUAAUCAGCGUAUCUUUUCUUUCCAAGUUUUGUGUAGUCCUUUUUCGUGCUAUUGUUUUCAACAAGCCAUGGCACUUUUCUAGGUUUUAAGAGUUACCCUCAUUUUAGAUGGGAAAAAAUAUUCAUUUCAUAUCAUGUAGGCUAGUAUGUUGUGUAGCUUCUGCUCAAAACUUUUUUUUCUAGUCUCAAAACAGUGUCCAUUUUGGUGCAAUCAAUGUUAUAUACAUGAUUGAUUUUUUGCUGC